AUGGGCACGGUGGUGUCGGCGGUGGUGGACGGGGUGGCAGUCGACUCGGUGGCGGUGGACGAUACCGGGAGAUUCUUCGACCUCCAGGUAACGGUAGCUGGGCUAGAGGUGAGCUUCACCAUCGGUGAACUGGUGGCAGCCGAAAGGGUUACAUCCGAGGUGGGCGGCGCCAACGCCCUGACCCUCACAGCGAGUGAAACGUCGUACUCAACCCAAGCGACCACAAACAGGCAGAUCCUGUUUGACCUGUACUACGCGACACAGGGAGUCAACUGGCGAUACCAGACCAACUGGCUCAGCCGAGAGACCCUCAACACCUGGCACGGAGUUAGCACAGGCAAAGGCGGUGUAACCGAGCUGCGGCUCAGCAGCAACAGGCUGAGUGGCAAGAUCCCCCCUGUCUUGGGCAGCUUGUCCGGGCUUACGCGCCUGGAAUUGCGGGGAGGGAAGGGCAGGUACGAUAACCAGCUCACAGGAAACAUUCCGGCGGAACUUGGAAACCUCGUCAACCUGACCCACCUGAACCUGGGAAGCAACCAACUGGGAGGGCAGAUUCCGGCGGAGCUGGGCAAGCUGACCAGCCUGACACACUUGGAUCUCAGCAACAACGGUCUGACGGGCGAAAUUCCGGAGGAGAUUGGAAACCUGGCAAACCUGGUCUACCUGAACCUGUCGGGCAACAAGCUCACCGGGAGUAUUCCCACCUCUCUUGGCAAGCUCAAAGGCAGCAUUGAGACGCUUCUCAUUAAUAAUUCCGGUCUGGAGGGCUGCAUACCCGACGAUCUCAAAUACGUGCAGAGUUCCAGCACCGACAUUCCCCAGGUCAACCUUUCGCUGCCAUUCUGCUCGGAAUACACACCGCCUCCCACUUCCAGGCCAACUUUAGAGGCGGGUUCCACGCAGGAACCGGGGACAGCGACCCCAGGGAAUGGGCCCACACCAACGCCGAAGCCCACAACGCCCAUUGGUCAGCCCACGGUGAACUUCCACGCGUCACAAACCGAAGUCUUGGUGGGUGAGCCGGUAGCACUAACCCUGUCGGUGGCCAAUUCGAUAAUCAAACCGGAGAUGACCUUGCAGCUUGUUCUGCAAUUGCCGUCGGGACUGCUGGUGAGCGGUGAGGGCGGAAUAGGUGAGGAAUGCUCGGUCCAGUGCGUGGGCCUAUACAAAGUGUCAACGGGAGAGAACAAGGACUUCCUAAUCACGGCUGUCGCGCAGCAGCCGGGAUCUUUCAACAUCGAAGGCAGAAUGGAAUGGUAUUUCGGGAACAAUCUGGAUACGACCCACGACGGAGACUCGGAAACGCUCAGGCUGGACGUCGUGGCGCCGCAAGUUCCCCCGACAUCAACCCCGACGCCCACUCCCACUCCCACGCCGGAGCCGACGCUGCCGCCCCACGUUGGACAGCCGACGGUAAACCUUCACGCAACGCAGACCGAGGUGAGGCUGGGCGACCCGGUCCAACUGCAGCUU